UGCCAGCCUACACACUGCCAGCCCAGUGCCUGUCAGCCGACCUGCUGCGCAUGCUACCAAUUCAGCCUCGCGCAUUCAAUCAAACGGCUUUGGCUGCACGCUAGUAGUAGCUGCAUGGAUCUGCAAUCCCUCCCCAGGAAAGCCGGCCACCAGCCUGUUGCAGCCGCCAUGCUGCUGGCCGCUUGCUUGCCUGAGAGGUCUUGCAGUCCAUGUUUGUGGACCGCACUCCGCUGCGCUGUGCUGUGCUGUGCUGUGCUGUGCUGUGCUGUGCUGUGCUGUGCUGUGCUGUGCUGUGCUAUGCUGUGCUGGAGAGGUGGGUGCACUGCAGCGGUGCCAGCUGGCGGCUGCAUUGUGCCCCUUGGUCCUGCUGCCUGCCUGCCUGCAGCAGCAUGUGCUGCCUGCAUGUGCUGCCUGCCUGCCAGUUGCUGUCUGCCACUGAAGCCACAGCCCACAUGCUGCGGCCUCCCCAGCAUUCCAGCCCUGCUGCUACCAGUCGGGGCAGGCAGCUGCUGUCCGCCCCGCCGGCUGAGCUUGGUGUGCGAGGAUGCACGCCGGCCGGCGGCUGCUCAGCCGGCG